CAAACUGGGUAACAUCCUGUUGACCGGUGAGGGACACAUAAAGAUCGCCGACUUUGGUUUGGCUGUAGAGGGAAUGUUUGGCCAGAAGAAAGUUGGAGGCAAGGCUGGAACAGUGAAAUACAUGGCCCCAGAGGUGAGUUGCUUUGAAUAAAAUUAUAUAGCUCAGAGGAAUUAGAGAAUCUGAUCUCUUUGCUAUUGUACAUUGAUUCUAUCAUCGCUGCAGCUGCUUAGUAUUUAGAGUUUGUAGCAUGUUCUUUAGUUUUACAGUACAAAUGGUCAUGUGAUAAGUGACAGAAUCAUUGUAUAAAGGUUUAGUUAAAUAUCCAUUAAGGUUUUAGCAGUAAUAAUAGUCUGCUCUGUCUUCCCAAGGUUUUACGACUGAGAGGCUAUGAUGCCGGAGCAGACUGGUGGUCGCUAGGAAUUGUCAUCUGUAAAAUGGCCACCGGCAUGACACCUUUCUUUGAAGACGGCAACAGUGAAAAGUUCAUUUCAUCCGUUAUCUGUGAUGAGCCCGUUUUCCCGAAAUGUCUUAGUGCUGAAAUAAAAGAUCUUCUGCACAAGCUCCUAGAGAAGGACCCAGAGAAGCGUCUUGGCUUUAUUGGAAACAUCCGAGCACAUCCAGUUUUUAAUUACAUCAACUGGGAGCAGCUGGAACGCCAGGAAGUACCACCACCUCUCUGUCCUGCAGAAUUAACAACACAAGACAAUAAAUAUUUCCAGCCGCCGAGGAUGCUCAUGGAAGAGGCGGGCAGCGAUUCUUCAUCUGAGAAAAGCAUGGAGUUAUCAUAUCUGAAUGACAGUUGGAAGAGCUGAGCCACUUCAAGAAAGUCAGGUUUCUUUAGCUAUAUUUACCAACCAUUAACAUCAUUUAACCCUGUCAUUUUAUUCUAUCCAGUCUCCAUUGAAGAACAGUGAAGAUGAAAACAUCUCUGAGCGUCUGAAAAAUCCGGCACCGAGGACCACCUGUCACAGUUCCGUAUGGGUACAUUUCUACAGACAGCCAUUUUUACCUCUUAGAGCCAGCCCCCAUCAUUGCCUCUACCUCUGGCCCUUGC